AUGAAGGUGGCUGUGGACCCAAACACUUCCCUGGUCUACCCACGGAAUGUGGACCCAGAGACGGUCAAGGACAAGAACAACUUCCGAAACUACACUUCGGGCCCGCUCUUGGAUCGUGUCUUUGCCACCUACAAGCUCAUGCACACGCAUCAGACAGUGGACUUUGUCAGGGGGAAGCAUGCUCAGUUUGGGGACUUUUCCUACAAGAAGAUGACCGUGCUCGAGGUGGUGGACAUGUUGGACCAGCUGGUAGAUGAGUCAGACCCAGAUGUGGACUUUCCCAACUCCUUCCAUGCCUACCAGACUGCAGAGGGCAUCCGGAGGGCCCACCCCGACAAGGACUGGUUCCACCUGGUUGGGUUGCUGCAUGACCUAGGGAAGGUACUAGCCCUGGCUGGUGAGCCUCAGUGGGCUGUUGUUGGAGACACUUUCCCCGUCGGCUGCCGUCCCCAGGGUUCUGUGGUUUUCCGAGACUCAACUUUUCAGGACAAUCCCGACCUCCAGGAUCCUAGAUACAGUACGGAGCUCGGUAUGUACCAGCCUCACUGUGGACUCGGGAAUGUCCUCAUGUCCUGGGGUCAUGACGAGUACAUGUACCAGGUGAUGAAGUUCAACAAGUUCUCCCUCCCUCCGGAGGCCUUCUACAUCAUCCGGUUCCACUCCUUCUACCCGUGGCACACCGGGGGUGACUACCGGCAGCUUUGCAGCGAGCAGGACCUGGUCAUGCUUCCCUGGGUGCAGGAGUUCAACAAGUUUGAUCUUUACACCAAAUGCCCCGAGCUGCCGGAUGUGGACAAGCUGAGGCCCUAUUACCAGGGACUCAUCGAUAAGUACUGCCCUGGGGUCCUGAGCUGGUGA